GCUGUAAUCCUUUGAACAAUGUUACCAUGGAAACCAUAAGAGCAUCUGUCAAAUGUAAAUAUUAUGACAAAGACAAUCUGAAGAGGCGGCUCAAAGAAAUUGACUGAAAUGGAGAAACUUUGCCAGGAAGAGAAGGCAUCACUGGAAGAGAACCAAACCUGCACAAACCCAGGAGAACAUGAUGAUGAAGCCUCAGUUGGUCCCAGUGAUGGACAGCAGGUUCAGCCCAGCCAGAGGCUGCAGAAACAACACCGUUGUGACACGUGUCUGAAACAUUUCAGAUGGAAGAGGUAUCUGAAAAUUCAUCAACGCAUUCACACUGGAGAGAAGCCCUAUCUCUGUGACCAGUGUGGAAAGGCUUUCAUUCAGAAGGGUUCUUUUAACAGCCAUCAGCGAAUCCACACUGGUGAAAAGCCUUAUAAAUGUGAUCAGUGUGAGAAGAGAUUCAAUCGUUCCUCACAUCUGAAGUGUCAUCAGCGAAUCCACACUGGUGAAAAGCCUUUUAGAUGUGAUCAGUGUGAGAAGAGAUUCAAUCAAUCCUCAAGUCUGAAGUGUCAUCAGCGAAUCCACACUGGUGAAAAGCCUUAUAAAUGUGAUCAGUGUGAGAAGACAUUCAAAGAUUCCUCUGGGCUGAAGCAACAUCAGCGAAACCACACUGGUGAAAAGCCUUAUAGAUGUGAUCAGUGUGAGAAGAGAUUCAAUCAAUCCUCAAGUCUGAAGUGUCAUCAGCGAAUCCACACUGGUGAAAAGCCCUAUCUCUGUGACCAGUGUGGAAAGGCUUUCAUUCGGAAGGGUGAUUUUAACAGCCAUCAGCGAAUCCACACUGGUGAAAAGCCUUAUAAAUGUGAUCAGUGUGAGAAGAGAUUCAAUCAAUCCUCAAGUCUGAAGUGUCAUCAGCGAAUCCACACUGGUGAAAAGCCUUAUAAAUGUGAUCAGUGUGAGAAGAGAUUCAAAGAUUCCUCAAGUCUGAAGCGUCAUCAGCGAAUCCACACUGGUGAAAAGUCCUGAUCCACAUAAGACAGCAGCAACAUCUGGAAUGUGAGGGAAUUUCUUUGUCUCUUCCUUUCUUCUAUCGCUAUGGCGACAACAGUCGAUGCUGUCAGUAACAUUUAUAUCAAUAAUAAUAACAAGCAUGCAAACAAA